AUGUUUCGGCUCACCCAGGCAGCGUGCCUCCUGCAGGCGCUCGGCGCCCUCAUUCAAGGCAGCUUAGCUUUUACCCCUGCUGCGACUGACAGCCAUGAAGCCGAAGCUCUUCAUCGCCGCUCAUACUUCUACGUCGGCGGGGAGUACGUCAACACCACCGAUGGCUGGAUGAUGCAUAACCAGAUGUACGUCGAGAAGCUCUCGCCGGCAAGGGGGACCACACAGCUCUAUCCGAUUGUGUUUCUACAUGGGGGUGCUCAGACCGGCACGAACUUUCUCAACAAGCCUGAUGGCGGCCGCGGCUGGGCGUCUUGGUUCCUUUCCCACGGCUACGAGGUAUACAUCGCUGAUAGAACCAUGACCGCGCGGUCCCCAGUUCUCCCAGCAGACGGAUACGGCGAGAGCGUGUUCUCCGCAGAGUUCAUCUCGCAGCGGUUCACGAAUGUCCAGGAUUAUCCGCUCUGGCCGCAGGCGAAGCUACAUAGUCAGUGGCCUGGUACCGGUGAACGCGGCGACCCCGUCUUUGACGCCUACUACGCCAGCAAUGUGCAAUCUAUCUCCGACAGCGAAGCGCAAGAAGUCACCAUGAAAGCAGCGGGCGAAGCGCUUCUUGACAUAAUUGGGCCGGUCAUUCUGAUCACGCACUCCCAGGGCGGACUAUACGGAUGGUCAUGGGCCGAUAGUCGUCCCGAACUCAUCAAGGGCCUGAUCCAAAUCGAGCCGAAGGGCCCGCCGUUCAAGGAAGUCAUUUUCUCGAACAGCUUCAGUCGGCCGUAUGGACUGACCUCGAUCCCGCUUACAUACCAGCCCGCGCCCACGAACGAGUCUUCGCCACUCAGCAUGAAGACCGUCUCCUCUGACAAGCCCGGGGAAUUGCUGGACUGCAUCAUCCAGGCUGAGCCGGCCCGCCAGCUCACGAAUCUUGCCAAGGUGCCGAUUCUCAUUGACACCGGCGAGGCGUCGUAUCACGCGACGUAUGACUACUGCUUUAUUAAGUUUUUGAAGCAAGCCGGGGUGAGCAACGUGCAGCAUUUGGAGCUGGGCAAGUGGGGAAUCCAUGGAAAUGCGCAUUUGCAGUUCCUGGAGAAGAACUCCGAUGUCAUUGCUGGGGUGCUGCAUGAGUGGAUUGGGAAUGUUACGGCUCUUAACUGAUUUAAGUCUGUACAUACCUUUUGAAAUUGUGUGCAAUACUAUACUGUCUAUAUACGGGGCUGGACUAGUUGCCCAGAGAAUAGUCUGAAGUGUGGCUCUGUGAUUGAUCGAACAAGGGCUCAAAGUCAAGUCACACCAAUCAUUCUGAG